ACGGGACGGACAUCAUCCUCCGAUAGGCGGCAAAUAUGUCACACAGUAAAAGGAAUACCUCGCUGGCAUUCUUCACCGCACACGAGCGCAAUGAGCUGAAGGGUCAUUGGGGCUCUCAAUCUACUCGACUCACUCGGGAUAGCUUCUUGCCGUUCGGAAGCUGUCAAUUAUGCCUUCUCCCUGCACGUGAUCCGGUGUCCUGCUCAAGUCAUGGCCAUCUCUACUGCAGGGAAUGUGCCGUGAGCAAUCUGCUGGCACAAAACAAGGAGCUGAAGAGGCUGAAGAAGGAAGCCGAGCGCAGGAAGCAAGAGGAUGAAGAGGAGAAGCAGCUGGAGGAUGCGGAGGCGCAAGCGCGAGCCAUCGAGGAGUUCGAGAAGGUGCAGGCCGGUUUGAGCGCCAGGCCUGGGGCAACAGCUAGCCAAAACAUCGUUGGACGAGAGAAUGGCAAAGUCGUGGUGGAGCAAGAGGUGGAAGAAGGCGCAAAGAAGGGCACGAAACGCAAAUUUGAGCUGGAUGAAGAGGAGCUUGUGCGACUUGCCAACGAGGAUCGCGACAAGGCUCGGAAGUUGAUGGACGACGAGAAGAACUCCAAGCCACACUUGCCAGCGUUCUGGGUCGCAGGCGAGACGCCAGACAACAAGAAGGCGGACUCGAAAACGAUCAAGCAACAUCCGACAUGUCCAGCAGCUUCGUCCGACAAGCCCCAUGACUUCACUUUGAAAUCACUGGUCUCGAUCAAGUUCACCGAAGAAGCGUCAUCCGCUGAUUCGAACACCAAGCAACGGAGCUGUCCUGCGUGCAAUAAAGCACUGUCGAAUUCAACGAAAGCCGUACUCGCAAAGCCUUGUGGUCAUGUCUUGUGCAAGCCGUGCAGCGAUAAGUUUCAAAAAGCAGCUGAGAAGUCUUCGCACGACAAGGAGCAUGACGAUUCCGUGCGAUGCUAUGUGUGCCAAGAAGACAUCACUCCUGGUCGCAAAACGAAGCGGAAGAAGGACGCUUCAACGGGUGAGAAGGAGAGCAAGACAGAGCGUGGACUCGUCGAGCUGGCCACCGAUGGCACUGGCUUCGCUGGAGGUGGCAAAAGUGAAGUGAAGAAGCAUGGUGUCGCCUUCCAGUGCUGAUUGCAUAUGCUCUCGUGGUAGCCGUACGACCUGGCCAUGAUGGCCUGGAUAUCGCAAUACAGUGCUUGCAGUGCAGGGCGUGCAAUGCAUCGCCGAUCUGCAAGCAACCUUCGGCACUGCCGCAAGAGGCCAUUCAGCUCGGGAUAUUAUCGCGAGGCAAUCAUGUGCUCCAGGGCCGACGAUCAUCUGUCCACGCUUCCAGGUAACGCGACCAUCUUGGUUCUGAUCAGACUGUUUCAUCGGCCCCUGUGCACAACUCGCAGGAACGAACAAGCAAGGUCGCAGAGGAUUGGCCCAUGAUCGGGUUGACAGAGCAUGCAGCUCGUUCCUUCAGGCUUCAGCGGCAGUCGUACAACGACAGACGUAGUUACGAGACAAAGUCCUGUCAUGCUGGACUGUUGCUCGCAUAUAACUGGUGGCUUUCGCCUCGCUAGCCCGUCUUGGGAAACUUACUAGCGCCAAACUGCAUCAACCUCAUUCUUGUCCGUCCUCCGGUUCUGACAAGACAAUUUCGCCAGCUAGUUCAGCCACAACGCACAUCUCCUUCCGUCUCAAGCAUCGCCACCGAUUCUUGCCCUGUGUUGUGCUGCAGCUCAAGCAAACUGGCGAAAUCCGCGAUAGCUGUCUCAUUGGCGCCGAGAGAUCUUAGCAGAGGGGGUGGAGAUCAGCGGGCUUGUUACGAGUCCAAGCCCGCUAACUCUACAGUAACCACCAGUCUGAAAGCCCGAAUCCUAUCUUGCCCAGCUGUCCCACCAUGCACGCAUAUUGCA